UCGGAGAAUCGUUAACGCAUGUUCUCCGCAGUUGCUCUCUUUGUACUUCCUAUCUUCUCUUCGUUUCUCUCCAACGCUCGAUUAUACAUCUAUCUUUUUUCUAAUAGUGCUAAUAGCUAAAGAGCGAAGGGCCGCGACAAAAAGCUAGGCCUGUAGAUUCAUUUAUAUUUCAUGGUAUCCGUUCGAUACCAGGAAGUGCGAAGCAAGAUUAGCAAGAAGUGUGCGAGAACGUUGCGAGCGAAAGCUGAAGGCGAAGAUCGCGGUGGACGCGUCUCUUUUGAUGCACGUUUUCAAACGCGGAGCUCACAAACGGUAAGAAUUGCCUCUCGUAAACAACCGAACAGUCGAAGACGUGUGGGUAUCCUAAUCUAAGCUGUUGUAACGUUGCUGCACGUUGCUGCCUGCACGACCAAUUAUUCCAUGAUUUCUCGUGCCAGUCACCGUAUUACGUCAUACGGUCGUGUAAUUGUUGAUAUCGCAGCAUUCGCAGCUCGGAAGACGAUAAAGCCUUUUGCCCGCAAGUGGCAUUCGGCCGACCUCGUGUUUCCGCACGAAUUGGAGCCAUGGACGAUUCCUCGUUAACGGAAGAUACCGGGAUAGUUAUAAACAAAGAAGAGCACUACGAGGUAAUAGAUGAAUGCACGGAAGUAGAGACAGUAGAGACCGUAGAGACACCUGAAACGACAAAAGACUUGCAGGCAGAGGCCGCGGAGGUUACAACUUGUCUAAAGUUUGAUGAUACAGCGAAACAAGAUUCCAAGGCUGACGCUGGUGGGAUAAAAUCUCACGAUAACAACAUGGAUAAAUUGGUUCCGAUGGAUUGUGAUGAGGAGUCGAACAAUGAUACUACUGAUUUCACUGCUGAUAUUAACUUAGAUCAGUUUGAUGGACAAAAGGAAGUAACAGAUGAAGAUGUAAUGCAUCAUUUAGACGUGAUAGAAAAUAUUGAGUUGGAUCCUGAAACCUUUGGUGUAGACGAGUGUAUGAGGGAAAAUGAUCAAUCCGAAUUGUUUACCAAAGAAAGAGAACAACAGGAGGAAGAGAAAGAAGUGACAGUGAUCGAGGAAGAAUUCGUAGAGCAUAAGUGGUAUGAGAUGAAGCUUGUAGAGAAAGAUGCUCUUUUAAGGGAAAGACUGUCAAAGUUAGCUCGAGUGUUAACAGUUUCUUAUCCUUCUUAUGAGAAAUGGUUAGAAAGAACAGAAAAGAUGGAAGGAUCACCUAUAUGCAAGAUAGAUCCGAUCCGACGUUGUUCGUUAAAGAAACCAAAUACCAAUCGAUGGAAAUUUCAGUGCAGAAAAAAGGAGUCAAUAAUAAAACAAGAGAUCGAUUCAGAUUCUUGUAGCAAUAAUUUCAAAACAGUCUGGUACCUUGAACAAAUUGGAAUAGGGGGUAUCGAUAAUGCAAGUGAAUUACCAUCUUUUGUAUUAAAGGCGAUCAAGAUAUUUGAAGAUUUUCUUCAAACAACUAGAACUUUGACUGAAGACACAGUUUCUGAGAAUUCAUUGGAUAACAUAUCUAUGGAUGUUGACAUGAAAAAAAAUGUAGAUCAAGAUAACAGACUACUAUGGUUGUAUUUGUUAGUACGUUGCAAUAGCAAGGAUGAACUCAUGCUCUUUGCAACCGGAAAAAAUAUUGGUCCUAGCAUUAUGGAUCGUUUAAAGCAGACAUAUGAGUCUGGUCCUGGAAAGAAUUGUAAUGUCAAAUCUCUCUAUUGCAAAUCGUUGAACAAACGCGACAAUAAAGUCGUUACAACAUUCUUAGUGGGAGCAGAAGCUCUAGACGAAAUGGUGGGUAAUCUAAAAGUGCAGCUUGCGCCAAAGACAAACUUUUGGUGUAACGCUGCCGGUGCAUGGAAUGUAGCUAAAGCAGUUUCGGACAUGCUUCAACCCACGCCAAAAGUUACAGUACUUGAAAUCGGUUGUGGAAUUGGCGUAAUUGGACUUACAAUAGCAUCUAAAUGUCGAGAAGUGAUAGGAGUUGAUUCACCUUCGGAAAUAGAAGAAGCUGAAAUGACGUGUGAAUUGAACAACAUAUACAAUGCAUCGUUCAUAAUGGGAUCUCCAUCUGAAGUUGUAGAAAAACUAGAUUCUGCGCGUGAUUUACACAAUAAAAAUCGUCUGACUUAUUGUAUAGUCAAUGCAGGCACCAAUAUGGGUAAAGCUAUUGAAGUAAUGACAUGCUUAAGAAAAAUCAGUUCUCUUCGUCGUAUUGUAAUGGUCACUACAUUGACAAAACAAUCGGUUCGAGCAAUAUUAGAACUUGCACGACCUAUGGGAAAUGGGCUCGGUCAUCCAUUCAUGCCAAUUCGAGCAUGUGUCGUCGAUACGUUGCCUACUGGACCUCAUUUCGAGGUAGUUAUUCUAAUGGAACGUAGACUCAUGCAUAGGCUUACGCAGCCAUGGUUUAUCAAGAUACUGGAAGAAGAAAAUAAGUCGUUGGCUAACACUAAGGCUUUAGAGAAAAUAAUCAAUAAAACUGAAAAUGUUGAUGUACAAUUAAGAAAGAAUCCAUUAGCGAAACCCGAACUUGUGGAAAAAACCAAAGCGUCUCUCACAAAAAAGACAACCAAACCAGUGAAAAGCGGUUCAGGUUCACCAGUAAAAGGCAAAAUAAAAUUGAAGCGAGACCAUUCGCCCGAAAUAAUAGAAAUAAAAAAAGUGUCUAAGAAAAUCGAAAAUCCUGGAUUUAAAUUGGGGCAACAGGAUGUUACAGUUAAGAAAAAGAAUUGGCUUCAUGAAAACUCAACACUUCGCAUCAAUCCAUUAUUCGAGAAAAAAACAAGGGAGAAAGAACAAGUUGAUUUAAGAGAAAAAUUAUUGAGUAACCGAAUUGACACAGAUUUAAUACAGAAGGUGAAUGAAAGUCGAGAUAUUCUUGAAGCAGCCAAAGAAAAGUUAAGCGGUCCAUCUCCCAUGGUUGACCCAACGACCGCUAAGGAAUUAAAAAAUGUAUUAAGUUUGGUUCUCGAUCAAACCAAUAAACUUCAAACUCAAUUGCCGCGUUCAGUGUGGGAUCGCAUUGCGCCACCUGAGCCGGAACCAAAGUCUCAAGCCAAAAAAGACCUUGAUGACGAUCCUCUUUUGAAAGGUCGAUUUGUACAAGAAACCCGUGCUCAGGCUAUUGUUAUCACGACAGCGAACAAAGAAUAUUUAGAAACCGAGGUUCCCAAGCCAAAAUUUAAAAAAUAUCAUAACCUAGCACCACUAGAGCCAAAUAUGGUGAUGCCAAAAGGAAAAAAAUUUAAUAAACCUAAUAACAACAAAUUUAACUUUUCUCAAAAAUUUGACUACAAAAAUAGACAACAAAAUCAAGAUAAUUCUUGGAAUAGAAAUAAGGGUUUUGACAAAAAUCGCUGGAACGAUGCAGGAUCUGUGAGAAAACCUAUUUCUCCAAUGAAAAAGCAGAAUUUAUCGUUUAAACAACGAGCACCACCAUCAGAUAGAUAUUCACCGAAGCGUCCAUUACUAUCACCACCGAGACGUCCGAGCUCGCCACCUAGAAGACAUCUUUCCCCAGAUAGGCCGUAUCAACCACAUGACUCUCCGCCGCAUCGAGAAUAUUCUCAGAGACGGCCAAUGUCGCCAGUAAGGGUAAUGAUGUCUCCAUCUGAGGAUCGACAUCAAAUGUCGCCACCCAGACGUUCGUUCUCACCAAUUAUUGUUAAUCGAACGAUAUCUCCACCAAGGCGACCAAUGACAGUUUCAGGCCGGUCAAUGUCACCUAUGAGACGGCACAUGUCGCCACCAAGGCCACAAUUGUCUCCACCGAGACGACAUAUAUCUCCGAUGAGGUAUGAGUUAUCCGCGAGACAGCCGUCUCCCGAAAGAAGACCUAUAUCGCCUGUUGGCAGAAUUAUGUCUCCAUCAAGACCAUCAAGAGACAUGAUUCCACCGCGGCAUCAGUCGCCUCCCAUGAGACGCUUUUCGCCCCAUCGAGUAUCACAUGUACGUAAUGCCUCGCCUCCAAGACGGCAGCAAUCGCCUCCAAGACGUCAGCUAUCUCCUCCAAGGCGCCAAAACUCGCCACCAAACAGAUUUGCGGAUGAGUGGGACAUACCAAGUCGAGGCGCUAUUGAACAGAGCAGCACUUGGCAACGGUCCGUUAAUGAAAGACCGGAAAACGUUUGGCAUAAUGAGAGACAACCGACAACGAGUGGAAAUUGGCAGCCUUCGUCUGAUAAUGAUAGAUAUCGCAAGCCAGCAAACCAAGACAAGUCCUGGGAUAUCAGAGAUUCCUCAUCUCAUGGAAACUCAUGGAAUGCGAAGCAGUCGCUUCCAAAACCCAGUAUGAAAGAAUCAUGGCAGACUUCGGAUAAUAGAUGGUCCGGUCCAUCUAGAUCGGGAACCAGUGGUGAAAAUUGGAAUCGGGGCAAGGAAAGUUUGGGUGGCCGCAACAAGGAGCCGUGGAUGAAUACAAACAAGCCGCGAUGGGAACAACAGCAAUCUAACGAUUGGAAUCAAGGUGACAAAGAUGAUUGGAACGACCUUCCGGAAGACGCGAGGGAUCCCUGGGGCGAUGAAAGCAAUCUUGGGUCGAAGGAAAGGUGGAACGAUACGAAUCAGGCUACAUCGUCGACCAAUUGGUUUAGAGAAGCUGACAAGGGGGAUUCUUGGGCUAAAUCUAAAGAUAAUUGGCAAAACAAGUCGCAAACAUUUCCAGCGAAAUCGUUAUGCCAAAACAGUAAUAAUCCGAGCAUAAACGACACGCGCUGGUUACCUCUAAACGAUACGAAUAAGAAGGCACCAUCAUCCAAUUGGCAAGGAGGCUCUAACGUUGGAACCAACGUUGGACCCAACGUUGGAACCAACGUUGGAUGGCAAUCAAACUAUGGUUUUCAGUCGCAGCGAUCCUUUGUGCCCAAUUUGUUUAAGGAUCGACGUUAGAUAAGAUAUUUUUAUGUUACACUCAAAGUAAUAAUUGUUAGCAUCGCUUUUCAACAUUUCAAUUUCAACGUUUUAGUUUAUAGAGCAAAACACAUGGGUCUUUUUUGGAUAGGUAUUGAAAAAUACAAAAAAAAAAAUAAAUAUGUGAUGUCGAAUAAAGUUAUGUAUUGCAGAAUAUGUUAAAAUAUCCAUCUUUAUUGUGAUUUACAUUGUGAUUUUCAUGAAACAGUACAGUGCUUUUCUGUUUCCCUUCUUGUUUCAAGUGAUAUUCACGUAAUGUUACAAUUUUAUUUUGAAACAAAUUACAUUCAUUUUAAUGUCAAUGUGUAAUUCAAUUAAGUAAAAAAAACUACUUAUCCCUAGCUUUCAUGCGAGUGUUAUUAAUUAGUUACAUUAUUUUUGUAAUGAGAGAAAUAAAAUUAGAUUAUAUGCAUAAGGCGCAUUGUAUAUACAUAACUUUACAUUAAUUAAGUUGAUAGAUAUUGAUAUGUAUGUACGUAUGUAAUAAGCCGACUGUAUCUCUCAUUGAAGCAUUUUCAAAAAUAAAUUACAUUCAAGCUAA